AGUUCAUAUACCGGCAUGCACGCGCCCUGCAGAGGAUUGGAUUUUGGUCCAAGGCAACGCUUUCAGAGUAAGACUGCAAGAUAAUUUUUAACCACUGACACAGUUUAGCAGACAGCAGCAUGGCGGGACUCAAGUACAUGAGUGGUUUUGGGAACGAGUUGUCUUCUGAAGACCCUCGCUGUCCUGGAUCUUUACCCGAGGGACAGAACAAUCCUCAGGUUUGUCCCUACGGCCUCUAUUCUGAGCAGCUCUCCGGCUCAGCCUUCACCUGCCCGCGGCCGGCCAAUAAGAGGAGCUGGCUGUACCGCAUCUUGCCGUCUGUCAAACACAAGCCUUUUACCGCCGUGCCCUGUGGAGAUCUAACAGAGAACUGGAACGAGGUGGAGCCCGACCCGAAUCAGCUGCGAUGGUUGCCGUUCACCAUCCCCAAAUCUACGGAGAAGAAAGUGGACUUUGUGGCCGGUCUGCACACUGUCUGCGGGGCCGGAGAUGCCAAAUCUCGCAACGGCAUUGGCAUCCACAUGUACACCUGCAACACCUCCAUGGUCGACAGGUGCUUCAACAACUCAGACGGAGACUUUCUGAUUGUCCCCCAGCAGGGUGAGAUCUUGAUCACCACAGAGUUUGGGAAGAUAAUGGUCGAGCCGAAUGAGAUCUGUGUCAUCCAGCAAGGGAUGCGCUUCAGUGUGGACGUGUUUGGAGAAACCCGAGGCUAUAUAAUGGAGGUGUAUGGAGCCCACUAUGAACUCCCUGACCUGGGACCCAUAGGAGCCAAUGGUCUGGCCAACCCUCGUGAUUUCCUGUGUCCAGUUGCUUGUUACGAGGAUCGCAAAUUGUCCACAGGUUACACCGUCAUCAACAAGUACCAAGGAAAGCUCUUUGCGUGCCAACAGGAUUUCUCUCCAUUCAAUGUGGUCGCUUGGCACGGGAACUACACACCUUACAAAUACAACCUGAAGAACUUCAUGGUUAUCAACGUUGUGGGUUUCGACCAUGCGGAUCCAUCUAUCUUUACCGUGCUGACCGCCAAAUCCACGCGACCAGGUGUGGCCAUUGCUGACUUUGUGAUCUUCCCCCCUCGGUGGGGUGUGGCUGACCACACCUUCCGUCCACCGUACUAUCACCGUAACUGCAUGAGUGAAUUCAUGGGUCUGAUCAAAGGCCACUAUGAAGCCAAAGAGGAGGGCUUCCAGCCAGGAGGGGCCAGCCUGCACAGCAUGAUGACCCCGCAUGGCCCGGACGCUGAAUGCUUCGAGAAGAGCAGCACCGCUGAGCUCAGACCUGAGAGGGUGGCUGAGGGGACCAUGGCUUUCAUGUUUGAGUCAUCCUUCAGCAUGGCAGUGACCAAGUGGGGACUGCAAACAUGCCACAGACUGGACAAGAGCUACUACCAGUGCUGGGAAUCUCUUCGCAGCCACUUUAAUCCCAACUGGAGGUCCAGUGAGCAGGAGUAGAACUAAUUCACUCAGAAGAAAUUAUAACCAAAUAUAGGUAUUAUGCAAAGACAACAAAUGUAAUUUGAUUUUAUUAAUACAACUAAUGUACAGUCGUUAAGCUUGGCUUUCUUUGUGUUGUUUAAAUGUCUGACAUUAAAAUCAUUUAUUUUAUGCAGGUAAGAUUUGAGUUGCACAAUAAAGAUUAA